AUGCGUACAAGUGCCGUCACACGCUACAACGUUAUCAACAACGACGAAGUCUUUUCAAACGAUGCCUGGCGGCCAAUCCAGGAACUGGAAGUUCCUGACGCAGACCUCGGUGUGUACUUCCUUCAGAUGAAGGAUAUCAGGUAUCUCGAACCCGUCACCGACUUAUGGUUUGAAGCUCUGGACAAGGUGGUCAACCGCGGUAAGAAGUUUGGGAACCAGACUUCUUAUGCUACCGAGCUGCCAAUCAGAGCACUAGCAUGUGUUCAGCAAUACCAGUUUUGCCGGCCAUCCUUAGAAGAAGUCGAAAACUGUACGCCGCUGAAUGGUAUAUUUGAGGCCACAAGAAUAGCCUCCUCAACACUCUUUCCACAGCCCAAAGAUUCUGAGAGAUUCCUUUGGUCCUUACGCGCCAUCAGAGAUAUGGCAGGUGGCUUCCAUGAACUCGUCAAACAGCUCAAGGGCGGAUCGCUUCUCGCGAGUGAUUAUGUCUCAGAUAGUGGGCAGGGUGGUUUACCAGACAAUCAGUGGGAGCUGGAACUGGAGCAUUGGUUCAAAUUCACGAUGGCCGACUUACAACGAGCCAUACUCGACCAAGCGACCGGUCCAGUUGUCCCAGAGGCUGUGCCAUUCUUUUCAGCGCCCACGUCUCCGGAAGCACGAGCGCUCUGUGGUAGUCAGAAGAUCCGAAGUGACUCCUAUACUUCGUUCAACGUGCUCGGCCUUAUAUUAAUGUUUUCCAUCGGAGGCCUAAUUAUGCUUAUCGCUGCCUGUCUGCCGUCUGUAACUGCGCGUUUGCAGCGGAAGAAGCCAUUUUCCAGUAUCGAGUGGGUCACAAACGAUACACUGCAGCUGCAGCGGCUUGCACACGAGGCUGUCGGAGCCGGACAGUGGCAGGGCGCAUGCGAUGAUUAUCCGCGAACGCGAAAGGGAGAUCUGCUGGCAGUAAUCGAUAUAUCCAACAAGGAACACCCUGUGCUCCGAGCUCCCGCAGCGGCCGAGAUGGUGAAGGAAGCAGAGCAAGCCAAGGAAUUUCAGGACGAGGAACAAGGUAUGGAGGAGCAAAGAAGCGAAGGAAGCGUCGAAGAGUGGAGUGAGGGUCUCAAUGUUGCAGGUCCAAGAGGGGAAAGAAAGGCGGAGUGGCAGAGAAAUGACUCAAUCCACGAGUCUUUGAUGAGUGUCGAGAUCCCGCGCGUCUCCUUGGAGCUUUCACAUCGCUUUGCCGCUGGAAUAUGUUAG